CCAUUAACGGACACCCAACAUCUUCUUCUCCACAAGGAUACCCAUCAAGAAAGCAACAGUCUUUCUUGAUUCCGAGGAGAAGAAAAAGAAAGGGUAGCUUUUUGUUUACAAUGGGUUGUUUUCUUGCCUGUUUUGGUUCAUCGAAGGAUCACAGGCAGCGAAAGCUGAGGCACACGGUUCAAGUUCAACCUCGAGUCCGGAUAAAUUCAGGGUACAAUGUGCAGUCCUCAGUUUCUUUAAUACAGGACUACCCAGAAAAGUCCAGCAGCCCAGUUUCAGUUGUCCGUAAACCUGUGGAGCAGCCGCACCCGCACCCGCAGCCGCAGCAAAGCCCAAAUGCGAGAAAGAAAGUAACAUUUGACGCCAAUAUCAAAACCUAUGAGCAUGUUUUGCUCGAUGAAGUUACUGACUUCUCACAGCAGAAUGAUGAACACAACAAGAAAGGGAGGGAGGAGAAUUUAGCGAAGUCAAGCCAUUCUGAAUCUUCCUCGGAGCAUAGUUCAAUUAUGUCUAUGUCUGGCUCUAGAUCUUUUCCUCCAAAUCAUAGGUAUCUGAAUUGCAGAGAAAGUGAUGAUGAAGGUGAUGAAUUAGAUUAUGAAGAAAGUGAUCUUGAUGAUGACGGUGGAGCAUUAGAUGAUGAUGAUUUUGAUGAGGAUCUUGAUGAUGAAAUUUUGGAAUCAAAGACAAGAAUUUGUGGGGCACAGGUAGUCAAAGAGGACAUUGAUGGUUCUAUUGAGGAAGUUUUGCAACCAAUUGGUUCAAAUCAAAGUGUUCGAGAUAGGAGUGUUUAUGUCCAUGCUGUGCUAAAUCCAGUUGAAAACCUAACUCAAUGGAAAGCUGUGAAAGCAAGAGGAGCUGUACCAUUGAAGAAACAAAAGGACAAUUUCAACCUGGACCAAGAACCCCGGGUUUCAUUUAGCUCGGAACCAGGCUUCAAAGAGUUGCCUUUCAGUUACAAAUCAAAAUCCGAUCAUGAACCAAGGAAGUUGAACCAAGAAGUAGCAGUUAAUGCCAGCCUUUCAAAUUGGUUGUCUUCAACAGAAACUACUCCAGUAAAGAGCAGCACUGUCAAUACUUGUACGCCCGAAAAAAGCAUGUCACAGGGAUCAAAUUGCAUGAUAAGCCUGGAAGAUAGGCCUAUUUUAGGUGCCCUCAUCCUUGAAGAAAUCAAGCAAUUUUCAGCCUCUUCUUCACCAAGGGAGUCCCCAAGUAGAAGUCCAGAUGAGAUGCCCAUCACUGGCAUUGUUGGGACCUAUUGGAGUCACAAUAGCACCGUCAAGCACUCUAACUCAGCUACUCCCUUCAAGGGGAUACCAAGCACAACCAGCGAAUAUAGAGAUGUAUUUGCGAAAUGAUACCUGAAAGGAUUUUUAGCCAUGAGGUGAUUCCGGGUUCUGAUUGAGCGUGCAUUGUGUGAAGGAUAAGAAAGUGAAUUAGCAUUGUACACCGUCUGAGGCAUGGUUGGAGAGAGCUUUGAAUAAAAGUCUUGUUGAAGCUUUCUCUACUCGUAAUUAAUGUCAAGGCAAGCUCGUGUCUAGAUGUUGGUUUGGAGUGCUGUUUCAGUGCACACCACUUUUGCUUGUUUCUGUGUGAGUGUGACACAUAUGUGUUUGUUUUAGUUUUUUUUUGUACUUAUUCCUUGAUCAUUAAUAGAAAAUAUAAUAUUAUUUACUUA